AUGGUUAAGGUCCUCAUCUCCCUCAGCGCAUUCGCCGCUGCCGCGACGGCUGGCUCCGUCACGGAACUCCCCGCUUCUGUGACCAAGCUCAUCGACUACUCCGCAAACCCAUGCGAAGACUUUUUCCAAUAUGCUUGUGGAGCGUGGUACAAGGAUACUGUGGUACCCCCGGACGUAGGCCUAAUCAGUACGUUGACCACGAUCUCUGCCCAUAACGAAGCCGUUUUGAAGAAGAUUUUGUCUAACUACAAGCCCAAGCUUAGCGAGUUUUACACCUCCUGUAUGGACACGGCUACGCUAUCGUCGCUUGGCCUGACUCCGCUGGAGGACUCGUUCAAAGCCAUUAGGUUGGCCAACACCAAAUUGGACCUCCUCAUCGUGGCUGGUAAAUUGGUCAAGAACGGCAUUCCAGCCUUUGUGGAUAUCAAAGCCAGCCCUGACAACAACGACGUGACCAAGAACGCCCUCUUCGGUUUCCCAAUCCCCCUGCCGCUGGAUCUCGUGUACUACGCUAACCCUUCCGAGUGGGAGUCCGUAGAAGCCGACUACAAGUUGUACAUUGCGUCGGUUUUGCAGCUAGCUGGCUACACUGCUGAGAAAGCGGCGGCUGCCGUGCCGGUGAUCAUCCGUUUCGAGCAAAGGAUGGUCAUUUUCGCCCUCAGGCAGCUCAAGGAGAUCCAGGUCGCAGUGUCUCCGUAUACUGCGCUUACGUACAGCCAACUGAACCAGACGUACCCGCUGCUUAUCGGUUCGUGGCUCAUAGCCAACGGCUUCAACGUCCGCAACGUGGGCGGAGGGUCGAACGACUGGGUGAGGUUUUACGACUUGACCUACUUUGACAAUAUCGAACUGUUGCUGAAGUUCACGACGCUGGACGACCUCCGCACCAUCGUGGUGUACAAGCUCAUCCAUGCCUCGUCGAAGCACUUGACGCCUGAAUUCCGCACGGCCAACUGGAACUUCUUCGGCAAGAAGAUCAAUGGCGAAAAGGUGGAACCUUCUCGUGAAAAGUUCUGCUUCUCUGAGACGGGCGAGGCCUUGAGUGAUAUCUUGGGCGAGUACUUAUUAGGCAAGGUGUGGUCGGCUGAUGCGGCCAAGGUGGUCAACGAACUGGUCAAGGCCUUGAGGUCGUCCUUCUCCACUAGCAUUGCCACCGCCGACUGGUUGGACAACUCGACACUCGCCAACGCGCAAACGAAGAUGUCCAAGCUUGUACACUUGCUGGGUGGCCCGGAGAAGCCGCAGCUGUACCCCACGCUGACGUUGGACUCGAAGUCGUUUCUGAACAACCGGUGGAAGGUGUCUCAAGUGAACAUCGACACCAACUUGAAGCUGAACGGCCAACCUGUGGAGCACAAGUGGAGCGAGGCGCCCCAUGAGGUGAACGCGUACUACGGCUCCAGUCAGAAUCUAAUUAUGUUGCCCGCCAACAUUUUGCAAAAACCACUCUUUGACGGCGAGUUUGACGCCGCCCAGAACUUUGGUGGCAUCGGAUCAUUCAUCGGACACGAAAUUACCCACGGGUUCGACAACAUCGGCCGCUAUUACGAUGGCGACGGCAACGUGAAUCCGUGGUGGUCGGACGUCUCCAUUGCUUCGUUUAAGACGAAAGCCCAGUGCUUUAGCGACCAAUACUCCAACUUUGUCGUGAAGAGCGUGGAGACUGGCGAUGUCUUGGGCAACAUCAACGGCAAACUCACGUUGGACGAAAACAUUGCGGACAAUGCGGGGCUCAAGACCAGUUUCCGCGCGUAUCACGAGUACUUGAAGAAGUUCCCAUCCCAGUACUCAGAAGAAACAGGUGACAAGUUGUUCUACUUGUCGUUCGCCCAAAGCUGGUGCUCCAAGUACACGGAUACCUCCCUCUCCGAGUCUUUGAAGAGGGAGCACCCGCCCGGUCGGUUCCGUGUGACGGGGACCUUGCAAAACGACGCUGAGUUUGCCCGUGUGUUCCAGUGCCCCACCGGCUCGUACAUGAACCCGUCCAAGAAGUGCUUGUUGUGGGAAUAG